CGCGAUGAGCCCACCAGAUCAGAGAGUGAGCAAUAGCAGCAGCAGGAUGCCGAAAGCAAAGAGCUCUCUUCGAGACCGCCUCGCCCGUGCCAUCGCCGGACCUCCACGAAUCCCGACGAGCAGUCGACCCUUCGAGGCCUCCGUCCGACCACCAGCACGUAGCCAACGGCGCGAGGACGAGCCGCUCAGCAUCACUGCACCAGCUCCGGCACCGCUCCCGUCACCGCCGUCCGGACCACGUCAACCAGCAGUGGCACGCCAGCGGACGACACGCUCCCGCCAGGAACGGCUAUACGCCGACGUACCGCCAGCAGCCGACAACGGGCGAAACGUGUUACUCGCCACGUUCGGGUCCACGUUGUCGGACCUGGACGACGACGACGACGAUAACGAGGAGCUAAGCGCCGCACCGGAGGAGCGCACGACAUCCGCGCUGAUGCCCGACAUCGCGUCGCUCCGUAUCGCGGGCCCCGCCGCUACGACUCCACCAGCGCCGAUACCAGAGCCUGCGCCGUCACCCUCCGUCACCGAGGUGCCCCGACAGGUCGUCGCACCGCCACCGCCACCGGCCCGGCCACCAUCCGCCGCUGCCGAAACAGCCGCAGCUGAGCUGGCGCAACCGCCGCUACCAACGCCGCCGCCGACGCCGCCCGCCUCACCCGGGUACUUCACCCGGCCGCAACCGACGCCGGCACCGACACCGCCUCCGACCGGGUACUUUACCCUGCCAGCGCCGCCACCAUCAUCACCCGCGCCGUCACCAUCGCCGCCAGCCCCCGGACCAUCCGCUAUUCCCAGCGAAGUCCUGCAGACCAUACCGUGGGAGCGCAUACUGCCAGGCCGCCGCUACCGUCACCAGGCCCUCGGGCACCGCACCGUGGUGAAACACCAGCUCGACGGGUCCUGGUAUAUUCGCUAA